UUCGAGCAACUGCUGCGCAGCAAUUAGGAGAAAUUCAAAAGCAACACCCUGGAGAACUGCAUAACUUGUUAUCAAGGGUUGUCAUUCACUUAAGCAAUAAAGAAUGGGAUACUCGGAUUGCUGCGGGGCUAGCAAUUGAAGCUAUUGCAAAAAAUGUGCCACAGUGGGAUCCUCCAGAGACUGUUAAAAUUGAAAACGAAAUAUCUGUUAAAAAUGAGUCAAAUGAUAAUAAAUAUUCCUUUGAAAAUUUUGACAUUUCGAAUGUAUUACAAAAUGGAAAAACAUUAUUAGGUUCGGCCGGAAAAGAAUACGAUCUUGAUUUAAGCGAGCUUGAUCCUGCUCAAAGACUCGCAUUACAACAUAAAAAUCUCAGAGAAAGAUUAGGAUUAGGUGGAGAAUUUAUGGACGAAAUUUCUGUGUUAUCAUAUAUCGAUAAGGGAAUAUUUCUUGCAGUCGAUUUAUUGGAUGAUGUUGACAUAA